GAGGAAGGGCGGGGACCCGGAUGUGUGUGGUGGUGGCGGCCGAAGAGCUACAACGCGGAGCUGAGAGGCCUAUGGAUGAGGAGGACGCGGCGGCCCCGGUUUGUUCUCAUGAACAAGAUGGAUGACCUCAACUUGCACUACCGGUUUCUGAACUGGCGAAGGAGGAUUCGGGAGAUCCGAGAGGUCCGGGCCUUCCGAUAUCAGGAGAGGUUCAAGCAUAUCCUUGUAGAUGGUGACACUUUGAGUUACCAUGGAAAUUCUGGUGAAGUUGGCUGCUACGUGGCAUCUCGACCCCUGACCAAGGACAGCAAUUAUUUUGAGGUAUCGAUCGUGGACAGUGGCGUCCGAGGCACCAUUGCUGUGGGGCUGGUCCCUCAGUACUACAGCUUGGAUCACCAGCCUGGCUGGUUGCCUGACUCUGUAGCCUACCAUGCUGAUGAUGGCAAGCUGUACAAUGGCCGAGCCAAGGGGCGCCAGUUUGGGUCAAAGUGCAACUCUGGGGACCGAAUCGGCUGUGGCAUUGAGCCUGUGUCUUUUGAUGUGCAGACUGCCCAGAUCUUCUUCACCAAAAAUGGGAAACGGGUGGGCUCCACCAUCAUGCCCAUGUCCCCAGAUGGGCUCUUCCCUGCGGUCGGUAUGCAUUCCUUGGGUGAGGAGGUGAGGCUGCACCUCAAUGCCGAGCUGGGCCGUGAGGAUGACAGCGUCAUGAUGGUGGACAGUUACGAGGAUGAAUGGGGCCGGCUGCAUGACGUCAGAGUCUGUGGGACGCUGCUGGAGUAUUUGGGGAAGGGCAAGAGCAUCGUGGACGUGGGCCUGGCUCAGGCUCGGCACCCGCUCAGCACCCGUAGCCAUUACUUUGAGGUGGAGAUUGUGGACCCUGGAGAGAAGUGCUAUAUCGCCUUGGGGCUGGCCCGGAAGGAUUAUCCCAAGAACAGACACCCUGGCUGGAGCAGAGGGUCUGUAGCCUACCAUGCAGAUGACGGGAAGAUCUUCCAUGGCAGUGGUGUGGGGGACCCCUUUGGGCCACGCUGUUACAAAGGGGACAUUAUGGGCUGUGGAAUCAUGUUCCCCCGGGACUACAUUCUGGACAGUGAGGGGGACAGUGAUGACAGUUGUGACACAGUGAUCUUGUCCCCGACUGCCCGGGCUGUUCGGAAUGUCCGAAAUGUCAUGUACCUGCACCAGGAAGGGGAAGAGGAAGAGGAGGAAGAAGAGGAGGAGGAAGAUGGCGAAGAGAUAGAACAGGAGCAUGAAGGCAAGAAGGUGGUGGUCUUCUUCACCCGGAACGGCAAGAUCAUAGGGAAGAAGGAUGCUGUCGUGCCGCCCGGAGGCUUCUUCCCCACUGUUGGCAUGCUCAGCUGUGGGGAGAAAGUGAAAGUCGACCUGCACCCCUUGAGUGGCUAGUGGGGUCGCCUAUCCAUCUGCCCUCCAGGCCUCCCCGGGGUGCGCUCACAGUAGGCCCUGUCUGUCAGCUCAGGCUGCACCUCUCUGUCCCUGGCCUGAGAGCAGUGGUAGCAGUGGGCCCAGAGGGCAGUGUUGACAUAUGUGGGAGGCUCCCCUUGAUGGGGUUAGUGGCACCUGCGAUGGGGUUAGUGGCACCUGCGUCUCCGUUACUUACUGGCCCUGAGUGAGUUGGAGGUAUAAGCCCACUUGCUGUCAUAUGGGCAUGGUGCUCGUCCGAGGGUAGAGUAGAGGCAGCCUGUCCCUGCCUCCCACAGCUUCCCUGAAUUCUCUUCAUUCCCUCUCCUCAUGUGAGCCAGUUGCUGCUGUCUCCCCCUGGCUGGGCUAGGGGGCCUGUCUUGGCCAUCUCUCCUUUCACUGGCUGCUGUCCUAAAACACCCAGGGUCUCCACUGCUUCCUGAGAGACGGUCCCACAUGCAACCCACCACAGAAAGCCUGAGCCUGGCUGUCUGCCCGCUCAUGAACAACUGUGUGUGUGUGUGAGAGAGGGGCUUUGUGGUGGUGUGGGACUGCAGCUUCUGCUGCCAUCUCCUGUCUGCACUCUUCAAGGCACCUCUAGCCCUGGCUCCCCAAAAUGGAGCCAAGGCACUAGGGCAUGUGUUGUAUUGUGGCUUUUUGCCCAGAGCAGCAGCUUGUCCCCGUGUUUCUCUUCACCUGCCCACCCCCACCCUGUGCCCCAGCUUGCUGCUUGUGCCAGUUGACUGUUUCUGCUCCAGUGUUUGAUUCUAGUGUCCACAUAGACCCCCAGCCAGCCCCCCUCUUCCCGUUUCCUGAGCUCCUCCACCCCAUGAGCGGGGAAGAAGAAAAAGCCGGAGCUCUUGGUCUCAGUUUGCACAGUGGGGAGGGCUGGGGAGGGGACUCAUUGCCGUGCUGCUGGGGCUCCCCUGCCCCUCCUUUUGGGCCCUGCACUAUGAUAUAUGAAAUGUAUGUACAGAUCAGAGAUGUUUAUACAGCCAAUAAAGACGGAGUUUCCGUAUUUAUCAGGA